AUGGUCGUCCUCGUCACCCGACAUUUCCAGCAGCCAUCCGUGAUGACGGAAGCUGGGAUAUUCCUCAUCGAUCCUGAUCUUUUCGCAACCUUUUUCCGGGCGUGGGUAAGCGGUAGGCCCAGCAUGCGCUUGUUGGUUUCCUUUAGCUGGUGCGCAAAGCGAGAAAGGUGUCGCAAAAGUCAGGAACAACAGCAGGCUGGAAAAUCGCCGAGUCAAAUGUCACAUGAUUUUCUUUUAUUCCUUUGUCCUUUAAAUCUAAUAAUACAGUAUCUAUGUAUAGAAAUAGAUCAUGUCAUUUAUUGCUUUUGCGGGGGGGAUGGUGGGUGGAGGUCAUAG